CUUCUCUCUCUCCUCCGAAGUCCCUGUCUGGUCCCCUAGGGUUUUCCAAUCCCUAAAAAAGUCUGAUUUUUUUUUUUUUUUUUUGGUUUUUCAAUUUACGUUUCGAGUCCAAAUCCGCGCCUCAAUGUGCCGCUCUCUAUCCCCUACAGGUUGAGGUUUUUGAUGUUGCAUUUCGGGGUGGGUGAAAGGUUCUUUCGGAUUGUUUUAGCUCCAGAAUCUAUUUAUGAAAGAAAGGCUAGGUUGGGAGUUAGUUCAGAUCUUUGAAGUUUUUGGGUAAGAGAAAUGGAAUUGUGAAAACUUGCUGGAUUGCAUACAGGUUGCAUCGGAGGGGUUUUUAGUGCAUUUUGGCCAUAGUGAUGGGUUCGUAUUCUGGUACUUGUGAAAUUGUUGAGGCAGGGGAACAACAGUGGAAGUCUAUCCAACAUUCUAGAGGGGAUUAUCGAUCCCAUUCAGGAUUGAGUGUGGGUGAAAAGGAUAAGAAGCCUUCUGUGGUGAAACUGGGACCCAAGGAUUCUCUUGUGGAAGAUAUUAAUCAGCUUUUUGAGGCUAUCAGUCUUAAAAGUUCCUCCAAAGGUUUGAAUCUUUCGCAACAAGAAGGCACAAGCACCAGCUUGUUGAGGAAAAAUGCUUUGAAAAAGCCAAUAGCUGUGGGCAUGCCUCACUCACCAAGAAUUGGUUCUUCUGAACCAGUGUCGCUGAAGCAAGCAUUAAGGGAUCUGUGCAUUUCCAAGGCAUCAGAAAUGGCUGCUAUGAAACGCUUAUCAAAGCCAAUUGGUUCUCCAAGGAUCUCAGAAGCUGGACGGAUAAAAAGUUUAUACAAUUCAGUAGUGGUUGAAGCUGCCAGUGGAUCUGGCCAGUGCAAAGACAGAGAUGAUGACAGCAUAGUUGAAAUAUCUUUGGUGCCAGAAGAAAAGAAAUCAAAUUAUUCAGCAAAGGUUUCUCCUCAGCUUCAAGUUCCCAAGUUAAAGUCAUCAGAUAACAGUGCCCAUUCUUCUCCUCGAUUUGUUGGUCCAUUAACACAAAUCAGUACUGGAACAACAUCUAAACACAGUGCUCAUUCUUCUCCUCAAUUUGUUGGUCCAACAACAGACAUUAGGAUUGGAACAACAUCAAUUCUAACUGAUACAUCUGCUGCAAGAAAAAUUGAAACUCAAACACCAAAGGUGGAUCAACUGCAGAAAGAGAAGAAUAAUCUUCCAACUUCUCUAUCUCAUUCCCGUGCUGAUGAUAGCAUGUUAGAAGUGAACAAUGUUGUUCCUGUUUCAACUAAAUUGCCAAAAAAGGCAUCAGCAUCCAAACCAGGACGGAGAGGCAGGUUGCAUACCUUACCUUCUUCAUCUAACUCAAUCAAUGGAACCAGGGCAAGCAAGAUCACAAGAAAUGCCCCACGGAUCGGAAAACCUGUUCUGAGGAACAGGAUUUCUUGUAAAAAGAAAAGAAGGCAGGAUGCUUCUAUUGCUGGCACUUCUAAUACUUAUAGUGAAGGUGGUAGGAGCUUGGAUCCAAAUACAAGUCAACUUAUUUGCCAGAGAUGCCAGUGUGCUCUGAAGGGUGCAAGCAAUGACUCCAAUCAAGAUUCUUUAGCAUCCCAUUCAGCUAGCCUUAGUGUUGAAGUUAGCUCAAGCAAUGUGAAUGCUAUCAUAGCUAAACCAGCCUCAAUGCCAACAAUAGGUAGCGGAAGCAGAUCUGCCAUCCCAAGGGCUAAAAAGAGCCCCAAAUCAAGAGAAAAGGGAGAAUUUUCCCAGAGCUCGAGCAGCCUUGGUGAUAGUAGUAGUACAAGCAUCAGUGAUAACAGCAAUACAAGUGGGUCUGGUUGUGGCAACAGGCCUCACAUGUCAAAGGAUGUGAGGUGGGAAGCCGUCCGCCAUGUUCAGACACAGCCUGGAGUCUUGGGGUUAAGUCAUUUCAAUCUGUUAAAAAAGCUUGGGUGUGGAGAUAUUGGAACAGUGUAUCUUGCAGAGUUGAUUGGUACAACCUGCCUCUUUGCUAUAAAGGUCAUGGACAAUGAAUUUUUGGCAAGAAGGAAAAAGAUGCCAAGGGCCCAAACAGAAAGGGAAAUACUGAGAAUGCUAGAUCAUCCCUUUCUGCCUACAUUAUAUUCCCAAUUCACAUCAGAUAACUUAUCAUGUUUAGUUAUGGAGUAUUGCCCAGGUGGAGACCUGCAUGUCCUUCGGCAAAAGCAGCCUGGCAGGUGUUUUCCUGAACCAGCAGCAAGGUUUUAUGUUGCUGAAGUCCUCCUUGCUUUGGAGUAUUUGCACAUGCUUGGAGUCAUCUACAGGGAUUUGAAACCAGAAAACAUCAUGGUUCGGGAAGAUGGCCAUAUAAUGCUAACAGAUUUUGACCUGUCUCUGAGAUGCAGUGUUAAUCCAACUCUUGUCAAAUCUUCAUCUAAUUUGGAUCCGGCUAGGGUGUCUGGUCCAUGCACGCAGUCUAGUUGCAUAGAGCCUUUCUGCAUUGAACCAUCAUGUCAAGUUGCAUGCUUCAGUCCUAGGUUCUUGCCUGCUGCUGCAAAAACAAGGAAGCUGAAAGCUGACAAUGCUGCCCAUGACAGAUCACUGCCACAGCUUGUGGCUGAACCCACGGAUGCUAGAUCCAAUUCCUUUGUUGGGACCCAUGAAUAUUUGGCCCCUGAGAUCAUUAAAGGAGAGGGUCAUGGAGCUGCAGUUGAUUGGUGGACCUUUGGUAUCUUCCUUUACGAGCUUCUCUAUGGUAGAACACCCUUCAAGGGUUCUGGUAAUGAAGAGACAUUAGUGAAUGUGGUACGGCAAAACCUAAAGUUUCCAGAUAGUCCCCUAGUUAGUUUCCAAGCAAGGGAUCUCAUCAGAGGAUUGUUGGUGAAGGAGCCAGAGAAUCGGUUGGGAACAGAAAAGGGAGCUGCCGAGAUCAAGCAGCAUCCUUUCUUUGAUGGCUUAAAUUGGGCUCUGAUACGGUGUGCCAUUCCACCCGAACUGCCUGAGUUCUAUGAAUUUGGGGUCCCGAGCAUGCCUCAAGAAUCAAACAGCAGUUUCUUAGAAUGUAAAGCUACUGGAGAGCACCUUGAGUUUGAGUUAUUUUAGCGAGAACCUCCAUUUGCUACAGAGAAAUCCUUCUGUUUCGAUGUCGCUCUUAUAAGACAAAGUCGCCCUAUUGUAACCAAUGUAAAUUCGUUCGGAAUAUUGGGUAAAGAUGUCUAAAUUUUCAAAUAGAAGAUCCUUAUUAAUAAGUAUAUUAUAUAUAG